AUGGGAAACUAUAAAAAGGCUAAUUAUUUAAAAAGUAAUAAGAGAAAAACUUUUGAUUUGCAUAAAUAGCAAGAUUAGAUUAAGAAAAUGGAUGUCAAUGGUCAAAUGAAAAACAACAAUUUCAUAACGGAGGGAGUUUAUAAUGAUAUUGAUUAUAGAAAGUCAUCAAUGGAUACUCUAGAUAACCAGCUAAUUCAAUCUUUUGAGCCAGUAGAUUACAUUCAAAGUUUUAAAUUUGGAGAUUUACCUCAAGUCAAUGAUUAUUUUAAGAAAUGA